GCCUGCGGAAGCGGCGCAGGCAGACGGUGCAGAGAAGUUACGGAGAGGGACGACUUUCUUCUUCUUUCUCUUCUCCUAUUCUGUUUUAUACGAAAGGAUUUAGUUUCGCGUUUCGGAGCCGGAACGGAGGAGGAAAAGAAAAACAACUCCCGAGUAAUUUCCAGUUACAGCAGUGAUGGACCACAGCGGCAUGGCCCACACCAACCACCCCCAUCACACCAUGGACCACUCCCAUCACACCAUGGCCACGCCCACCAGCAGCGGCCACGACCACGGAGGAGGAGGAGGGACUGAAGGAGGCCACGGAUCACAUGGCGGCAUGGCGAUGACCUUCUACUUUGGUUGCAACAAUGUGGAGCUGCUGUUCACCGGGCUGCUCAUCAACUCACCUGGAGAGAUGGUCGGGGCCUGUAUAGGUGUCUUCCUGUUGGCCGUCCUGUACGAGGGGCUGAAGAUUGGUCGUGAGGUUCUGCUGCGCCGCAGUCAGGUCAACGUCCGCUACAACUCAAUGCCGCUCCCAGGGGCUGAUGGGACGGUGCUGAUGGAGACGCACAAGACGGUCGGUCACUUGGAGGGGGCGGAGCUUCCGAUUGGAACAAAGUCCCGUCUCUCAAGGGCAUCGCCCAGGCAGCGGAUGCUAAGCCCCGCCCACUUCCUACAGACGCUGCUACACAUUGUCCAGGUUGUCGUCAGCUACUUCCUGAUGCUUGUCUUCAUGACCUACAAUGGCUACCUGUGCAUCGCUGUGGCAGCUGGUGCCGGCAUGGGCUACUUCCUGUUUAGCUGGCGGAAGGCCGUGGUUGUCGACAUCACUGAGCACUGCCAUUAACUAAUGUGCUAGAUAGCAUAAUUUCUGCAGAUCACAAUCGAUUAACGCUAAGUAACACUCUCACCCUGUUAGCACACUAGUGGACGUGCUAAGGUAACUAAUACACAUAAAGUUAGCUCGUAAACUGACACGCUAAAUUGCAAAUGUUACCAGUUAAGCGUGGUAACGCCACGGCACACUGUAGGUUAGCUUACAUGCUAACAAACAAACUUAAUCCGUAAAAUGUUGUCGUUUUUUCUCCAUAAAUGUGUUUUUUGGAACUCCUGUUGGUGAACAAGCCAGCCAAUCAGAGCUUGGCUCACCUCAGUGGUUUGUGAUUGGCCAAAUCAAUCUGUUUGUUGUUUUUUUUUUUUUUUUUUUGUGCCAUGACAGCUCAACUCGUUAGCAUACGUAGCGUUAGAAGGCCACCAAUCAGGAAGCGGGAUUUAUUUCUUUGAUAAGUUAGACAUUCACUGAUCAGGACAUGUUUCACUUUGACAGUUUUCAUUUGUUUGUUUUGUUCGAAGACAUUAAGAAAAACCGUCUUCACGAGUUGGUUGCCGCUGAUUCAUCGACUGACUCAGACUAACUGGAAAAUAAAGAUUAACAUCGAAACAUUGGACCUGCAGAACUUCACAUUUGUUUUAAACUGACAGUUCUGGUUUAGUUCACCUUCUCUUUCUUUGAAUCAUUUUCAAAAAAUAUAGAAAUGUGGAAAACAUAAAAAUAGAAUAUGGCUAAGAUCAUUUUUAAAAAUGUAAACCAGAUAUUCAGAUGUUUGUCAGUGGAUGAGUUUGAUGUCGAUCCUUCUGUAGACGGAACAGCUUCAGGUCGGGUCUCUGACCCCGUCUCUGCAGGAUCCUUUUUACAUAAACCAUCAUGAAACUUGAAGCAUUUGUUCAUCGGCCAGUUUAUAUGUCAGCAUCAGCGUCCUGAAUGAAAAGACUAAGUGUUUCCUGGGCCACCGCCGGCCUUAAACGCCGCCGCCUGCUGCCUUACUGACGGCCAGACGUCCUGCUGGUGGCGCCGUGUUCGACCUCUUGGUGCUCUCGCCUCGAACACAACGGCGUCUGCACUGCUUCAGUCUGUGUGUCGUAGAAAACGGUUUCAGUGAAAUAAGUUCUAGGAAGCGUCUUUACUGUCGUGAUUUUUACUUUAUUUGAGUCGAUUUACAUCGAGGGGCGGAGUCUUGUUUUGGACCAAUGAGAUCGCAGGGACAGAUCAGUUACUGGAUUUCUUUACAUUUAAAUCGUGUGUGGCCAAGCGUCCAGAUCACGGCUGUACGUUUGGCGCCGAAUACCGGCGUCCACGGCGGUUUCAGGUCUCAUCUCGGUGUCAGUCGCCUCUAUGUAGAAAAUGAAGUCGAGGUUUUAUGAUGUCAAACGUGUGUGAAGGAAACUGUUUUAUCUGGAAGUGUUUUAAAUGUCACAAAUGCUGGAAUCAUUACAAACUGAAUAAAGUCUAUAUACAUCUGC